AUGCGCGGACAGGCCGCACAGUAUGAAAAUCUGACAGUUCCCUCGCCCAAGAGGCCCACAGAGGGCCACGAUUCUCACUCCUUACCCCGCUCGCCCUCUCUUUCUUCCUGGAAAUCCUUCCUUCGUUUCCCCAACCAAUCUUCAAAGAAACCUUCCAAUGUUCCACCAAGCCUAAACCUAGACAAUCGUUCAGUAUCAGGAUUAUCGUAUAAUAGUGCCACAAGCACUCCGGCACUCGCAACUCCAGCACUAACCCCAACAUCAUACCUUUCGGACCAACGUUCUUCGUAUAAUUCUUCCAAUACCCAAUCUAGUGACUCGAAUAGACCUCCAGCCUAUCAAGAACCACCCUCGACGACCCCGAGGAAUGUAUCAUAUCCCCUGGACCACCACCACAAUGCCCCGUCCACAGACGCGCUCGCAGCCGCCACGACAGCAGGCACUUCCCAGCUAAAGGCGCCCACAUACCCAGGAAAACAACGUUCGCUUCCUCACCCCUUCGAACCCGGUUCAUCCAAGUCGAAACCCUACACGACAACUCCUUCCCAGUCUUCCUUUGGUGCUCCUCCCACGACCUCGCGUCCACGAAACAACGGGCCCCUGACCCCAAAGGGUGUAGGAGCUUCGGCUUCUCGCUUCCUUCGCAGAGUGGCUUCAGCACCCAACGCCAAGGGGCUGUUCACCCUAGGAUCCAAGUCUGCAUCCACCACGAAGAAUGGUCUUCUAGCACCUUCCGAAUCUGCACCACCGCUACCGACAGUGUCCAGUUCGAUGGAGGAUGGUGAUUCGCUAGACACCGCCUCUUCGGCAGAAUCUUCAAGGGCUACCCCACGUUAUGGGCUUCGAUUGACACCGCCCAAGACAGCCCCGCCGAUGAGAGAUCGUUUGAAGAGUGCUCCAUCUCAGCCCGACCCUUCAAAGAUUCCGUUCAGACGGACGUAUUCCAGCAACUCCAUCAAAGUGGGACGGGUGGAGGUGGGCCCAUCGAGCUUUUUGAAAGUGAAGAUGCUGGGGAAGGGGGACGUUGGAAGGGUUUACCUGGUGCGGGAGAAGAAAACGAACAAACUCUACGCGAUGAAAGUUUUGUCAAAGAAAGAGAUGAUUGAGAGGAAAAAGAUUAAACGGGCUCUCACGGAGCAAGAAAUCCUUGCAACCGCGAACCACCCUUUCAUCGUUACCCUAUAUCACUCAUUUCAGUCUGAAGGCUAUUUAUAUUUCUGCAUGGAAUAUUGCAUGGGAGGGGAGUUCUUCCGCGCGCUGCAGACACGCCCGGGCAAGUGCUUGCCCGAAGAUGGCUCGCGAUUUUAUGCCGCGGAGGUGGUUGCUGCGUUGGAAUAUCUUCAUCUCAUGGGCUUCAUUUAUCGCGAUUUGAAGCCCGAAAAUAUUCUUUUGCACCAAUCAGGGCACAUCAUGCUGUCCGACUUUGACCUGGCGAAGCAGUCUGCAGAGUACGGGGGCCUACCUUCGAUGGUUCACUCUGAGCAGAACGGGGUUCCUCUGGUGGAUACGAUGUCAUGUACAGCGAACUUUAGGACGAACUCUUUCGUUGGCACGGAGGAGUACAUUGCACCAGAGGUGAUCGCUGCGCAGGGCCAUACAGCCGCUGUGGAUUGGUGGACUUUAGGAAUUCUCAUUUAUGAGAUGAUUUAUGCCACGACUCCGUUCAAAGGCCAGGAACGUAAUGAGACCUUCAAUAAUAUCCGCCAUCAGCCCGUGACAUUCCGCGACUCACCAAAAAUCUCAUCAGCCGGCAAAGACUGCAUGACUCGAUUACUGGACAAGAACGAACGGACAAGACUAGGCAGUCGGAGCGGGGCGAGUGAGGUGAAGCAACACAAAUGGUUCUCCAAGAUCAAUUGGGGCCUGUUGCGGAAUACGCGGCCACCGAUCGUGCCGUCGUCAUCCAACGGUCUCGAUGCAGCCCAUUUCCGACAUAUGAGAGAAUCGACGUCGCUGCACCUCGAUCUUGAGGAUCAGAGCAAGGCGCAGCCUUCGGCAGAUCUGCUUGCCGACGACGGGCAGCCUGCGGACGUGUUGUUCAAAGCGUUCAACAGUAUAACGCUGCACCACGACGGGGACACAUGAGUUGUGAGAGACGUGCACACAGGGUGUGUGGCAUACCUCGGAGGGGAGUCGGGAUUUCGGUGAUUGCGGUAGGAUUGUGGAAUCUUUUAUCUCGUGUGGUACUUAGGCAGUAAUAAUUUUGCGAAAGCGGA